AUGGGGUUCUUACACACAUGGCUUCUGUUCACACUAGUGAGAGCAGCCGACCCUCCAUGCAAGUUAUGGGGGUCUCCUGACAUCCCUCAGCUUAGAAGAGACGGGGAUGUAACAAUUGGUGGCAUCUUCUCCUUCCACAAUAGCUGGGAGGAAAUGAUGCCCACAUUCACUUCUAAACCAGAGCGGGCAAAAUGCAAGAGUUUGAGCCUCAGAGAAUUUCAAAAUGCACAGACAAUGGUAUUUGCCAUUGAAGAAAUUAACAACAGAGCUGAUAUUCUUCCUGGUAUCAGCUUGGGUUACAAAAUCUAUGAUUCAUGUGGAUCAAUAGAAAUGGCUCUUAGAGCCUCCCUGUCAUUAGUUAAUGGAGACAAUGCUUCUGAGUUGUCCUGUCAAAGACCUAACACAAUCCAAGCUAUCAUUGCAGAAACAUCCUCUACUCCAACUAUUGCCAUUUCUGCCACUGUUGGACCUCUGCAUUUACCUGUGAUCAGUCAUUUUGCAACAUGUGCCUGUCUUAGUGACAGAAAGAAACACCCCUCCUUCUUCAGGACUAUUCCCAGUGAUUAUUACCAGAGCCAAGCAUUGGCCAAACUGGUCAAGUAUUUUGGCUGGACCUGGGUGGGGGCUCUUUGCAGUGAUAAUGACUAUGGAAACAAUGGCAUGAACACUUUUAUCAAAGCAGCCACAGAAUUUGGAGUCUGUGUAGAAUUCUCAGAGGCAUUCUUCAGGACUGAUCCCAGGGAGGAAAUUUUGAGAAUUGUUGAUAUUGUAAAGAAAUCUAGCUCUAAAGUGAUUGUUGCCUUUGUAUCAUACUCAGACAUGGAAGUUCUUCUAGGGGAAAUAGCUCAACAGAAUAUUACUGGACUACAGUGGAUUGGUAGUGAAUCCUGGAUCUCUGAUAUGAACAUUGCUACUGGUAAAUGGCAACAAGUUCUUAGAGGGUCCAUGGGCUUUGCCAUCCCAAAAGCUGAAAUAAGAGGCCUAAGGGAAUUCCUGACUAAUCUUAACCAGUCUUCAGACAUACAUCUGUAUAAAGAGUUGUGGGAAACAAUAUUUCAAUGUAAACUUCCCCCACAAGAAACUAGUGGAAACAGAAUCAUGUGCAAAGGCAAUGAAAGUUUGAACAAUGUGCAGAACCAGUACACAGAUGUAACAGAAUUACAAAUUGCCAAUAAUGUUUACAAGGCUGUGUAUGCUGUUGCUUAUGCUCUGAACAGCAUAAUCAGUUGUUCAAAAUGGAGCACAAACCAAAGCAAAUGCCUGCAGAAGGUCAACAAUACAUGGCAGGUACUUAAUGCCAUGAGGGAAGUGAGCUUCUUCACUGAAACAGGUGAGAAGGUAUUCUUUGAUAAAAAUGGAGAUCCGGUAGCAAGGUAUGAUCUCUUGAACUGGCAGCAGGGGGAGGAUGGGACAACAAAGUUUGUUAAAGUGGGUUUCUAUGAUGCAUCUUUGCAACCAGAAUUUCAGCUUUCAUUUAACAACAUCAGCAUAGUGUGGGCCAAAAAUCAACACCAGGUACCUGUGUCUGUGUGCAGUGAGAGCUGUCCCACAGGCACUAGGAAGGCUGUGAAAAAAGGAAAACCCGUCUGCUGCUAUGACUGUAUUCCAUGUGCAGAAGGAGAAAUGAGUAAUAAGACAGAUUCAGUGAUUUGUCUCAAGUGCCCUCCGGAAUUUUGGUCAAACAAAUGGAGAGAUACAUGUGUCCCAAAACUUGUGGAAUUCUUAUCAUUUGAAGAUGUGAUGGGAAUUAUUCUAGUACUGUUUUCUUUAUUGGGUGUGUUUUUUACAUUAGUUAUUGCAGUAGUUUUCUUUGUACAUAAGGACACCCCCAUAGUAAAAGCAAACAACUCAGAGCUGAGCUUCCUGCUGCUCUUCUCAUUGUCUCUGUGUUUCCUCUGUUCACUUACUUUCAUCGGUCGGCCCACUGAGUGGUCCUGUAUGUUGCGUCACACAGCAUUUGGGAUCACUUUUGUCCUCUGUAUCUCCUGUGUUUUGGGGAAAACCAUCGUUGUGUUAAUGGCCUUCAGGGCUACACUUCCAGGAAGUAAUGUCAUGAAAUGGUUUGGGCCGUUGCAGCAAAGACUUAGUGUCAUUGCUUUCACUCUAUUACAGGUUCUAAUUUGUGUGCUUUGGUUAACGUUAUCCCCUCCUUCCCCAUAUAUGAACAUGAAUUAUUACCAAGAGAGAAUAAUUCUAGAAUGUAAGUUAGGUUCAGAAUUUGGUUUCUGGGCUGUGCUGGGUUAUAUCGGCCUGCUGGCUGUCUUGUGCUUCAUUCUGGCUUUCCUUGCUCGUAAAUUGCCUGAUAACUUCAAUGAGGCAAAAUUCAUCACAUUCAGUAUGCUCAUAUUCUGUGCUGUAUGGAUCACAUUUAUCCCAGCUUAUGUUAGUUCUCCUGGAAAAUUUACUGUAGCUGUUGAGAUAUUUGCUAUUUUAGCUUCAAGUUUUGGUUUAUUAUUUUGCAUAUUUGCUCCAAAAUGUUACAUUAUUUUACUCAGGUCAGAACAAAACACAAAAAAACACAUGAUGGGUAAAUAA